AUGCCCACGACAACAGCUCAGAGGACAGUCGAAGAACUGCGGACCAUUUUUGCCCAAUUCGGAUUGCCAGAAGAAGCCGUAACGGACAAUGGUCCCCAAUUCGUGUCCGAAGAAUUUCGUAACUUCAUAGAAGAGAAUGCCGUCAUUCACACGACAACACCGCCAUAUCACGCUGCUUCGAAUGAACUUGCGGAGCGCGCUGAAACACUGAAGAAACUUCUUCUAAAGCAGUUGACAGAAGACAAGAGCGAUAACAAGAAAAGAAGCAUGCAGCUUAAACUUUCGAAUUUUCUGUUCCAGUAUCGCACGACACCUCAUGCAACGACCGAGAAGAUGCCUGCUGAACUCUUCUUAGGACCGCUGCCCAGGACCCGUCUCUCUCUACUGAAGCCUGGCUACGACCAUGCACGUCGUGCAAAGCAAAACCGGAUGAAAAUGUACGCAGAUAAAUGA